UAUAAAUAUGUUGCGAACAGCUUUUCUCUCCUUUACCUUGACCAUACCUUUAACAUCAACCACAUCUUGGACUUGACCUCAUAUUUCAUUGCACAGCUCAAACACGAAGCUCGCACAUACAAUAUGGAUACCACUGAGAUUGGUUCCCUUCCCGAGAAAGCUCCUCCGACCCAAGAGUUACCAACACUGCUCCGACUUCCCGGUGAAAUACGCAACCUCAUUUAUCGAGAAUUGGUCGAGACAUAUGAAGUCAUCAUCACCUACCAGAGAUGGAAUAUGUAUGGCAUCUGCAAUGAAAACCUACGUAUUUUCACUAUCCAUCAGGUGAAUCGUCAACUGCACAAGGAAUACUGCUCGUUCUUAUACGAUCGACGUAUGGUCGAGAUCCGCGCCGAUGAGAGUCCCUAUCUGACCGGAGGAGAAGGAAUUCUGUCAUUCCUGUGUCGAACGCCGAUCAGCUUCCUGGCUACGAUUAAAAUUUUACGGCUCCCGGAACAUGCUAUCGAUGAUUAUUUCAGCGAUUGGUACCAUGAAACUCCUGGCGAUUUCAGAUUUCUUCGCGAACAGACCGCAAAACGCUUAUGCCAGCUGCCCAAUCUUGAACAGGUGAUCUGUUUAAUGAGCUCCGAUUACAAACCAAGUCGAUCGAUGACUUUGAUGAUGAUUAGGCAGGUCAAGGGAGUCUUUUCGGGGCUAAAAAUCGAAGUGAUAUUGCAGCUGAGUGUUGGAGGAGACGUCAUUGCUCGACGAACUGUGGACGGAGUCCUUGAAUUCUACGAACCGGCGAAGAAACUCGAAAACUUUUUGCUGCGUUAA